AUGAGCCCGCCCUCUGCUAUGGAUAUUGAGAUGAAGGGGGUCACUGAUACCUCUGCGGUGUCGAUCCCCGAUCCUUUGACCUUCAAAGGCGUUCCUGGUUGGCGCGAGAAGAUGGCAAAGAUGCCCACUGGUGUUGCGCCGGCCUGCAGUAGUGAUAUGUUCAAGAGCCCGGCUUGUUACACCAAGCCCAAGGCCAAGCGCUUUGACCACUUCUUGUCGCUCGAGGCCAAGUCUCGCAAGGCUUCGACAUUGAAGACUGCAGCACAGUACUUGAGAAACCCGGGCAUGCUCUCUCUCGGUGGUGGUCUGCCUUCUUCGGAGUACUUCCCAAUUGAGCAACUCGAUAUCAAGGUCCCCACACCCCCAGGCUUCACUCCGGAAGCUACUCGAGAGUCAGGUGUUAUAUUACACUCUGGAAAGCACGAUAUCAAGGAGGGAAAGAGCUUGUAUGAUUUGGAAAUUGCUCUCAACUAUGGCCAGGCUACUGGAGCUCCCCAGCUUCUCCGAUUCGUCACAGAACACACCGAGCUCAUCCACAACCCCCCGUACGCCGAUUGGCAAUGCACCUUGACUGCCGGUAGCACCUACGCCUGGGAUACCGCACUCCGCCUAUUCACAGAGCGGGGCGAUUAUAUUAUGAUGGAGGAAUACACAUUUGCCAGUGCUGCCGAGACUGCCUGGCCGCUUGGCCUCAAGGCACUUGCCCUGCCCAUUGACGAGGAGGGUAUUGUUCCCGAGGCUAUGGACGAGCUCCUCAGCAACUGGGAUGUUAAGGCUCGUGGAGCACGCAAGCCCUACGUCCUGUACACCAUCCCGACAGGUCAGAACCCUACCGGAGCCACCCAGUCUGCUGAGCGCCGCCGGGCCGUGUACAAGGUUUCCCAGAAGCACGAUGUUCUCAUCAUCGAGGACGAGCCAUACUACUUCCUGCAGAUGCAGCCCUACAGCGGCGAGGGAGCUACCGCCCCUCCCCCACCCGCCACUCACGACGAUUUUAUCAAAUCCCUCGUCCCCUCUUUCCUAAGCAUGGAUGUUGACGGCCGUGUGGUCCGAUUGGAAUCCUUCUCGAAGGUCGUCUCCCCCGGUUCUCGUGUCGGUUGGAUCGUUGCAUCCGAGCAGAUCAUCGAGCGCUUUGUUCGUAACUUCGAGGUCUCUUCACAGAACCCUAGCGGUAUCUCUCAGCUCGUUCUUUACAAGCUGCUGGACGAGCACUGGGGCCACUCCGGAUACCUGGACUGGCUCAUCGCUCUUCGCAUGUCUUACACCGACCGCCGUGAUGCCCUGCUGCACGCCUGCGAGAAGCACCUCCCGCGCGACAUUGCCCACUGGGUUGCCCCCGCUGCGGGCAUGUUCCACUGGAUUGAGGUCGACUGGCGUAAGCACCCCGGCGUUGCCGCUGGCAAGACCCGCGAGGCUAUCGAAGAAGAGAUUUUCUUGUCCGCUGUCGACCACUCCGUCCUCCUGUCGCGCGGAAGCUGGUUCAAGGCCGAUAGCUCAGCUAUCAUGGAGAAGAUGUUCUUCCGCGCGACCUAUGCCUCUGCAUCCUCCGACCAGAUCGACGAAGCUAUUUCCCGCUUCGCCACUACUCUGCGUGAGCAAUUCGGUCUGUAG